AUCUGGCUGUUUUUCUUCCUGUUCUGGCUGGGACAAGGCAGGCGGAUGGCUCCCCCAGGUUUUGUAGAGAGCAGUUGCCGCUCCAGAAUUUUUUGGAUGAAACUGAAUAAACUCUUGCUCCAGGGAAAGUUCUUCCAGCUGGAAAUCUAUGAUCCUCAUUCUGGCCCUGUUCUGCUGGAUGAGAAAUUAGCAUCUCGCUGUGGCUAUGUCCUGUCAGAAGACGUGUGGGGCAAUCCCGUCUUCCGCGCCUCGGCGCUCGGCUGUCACGUGGCCAAUGAGGCAGAUGAGCUGUUUUCACUGACUGUGAACAUCAAGGUCUCCUCAUUUUCAAGCAUGAGGGCAGCUGUCACCUACACCUACCCCAUGUACUGCUCCUAUGCAUCCUGGGCUUCAAGAGAAAUUGUGUGUGAAGAAAACUACAUGGAGGUGUCAGUGAAGACUGAUGUCCCAGCAGUUUCAAAUGACUACACCGUAGCAUGGAUGUCAGCACUGCCAGAGACUCAAAAUGUUGCAUACCAGCAAUGGCAACUGAUGUUUGUUUCUCCAUCAGGGAGAAAGAGAAUAACAGUAAGUGAUGCAGUAAAACUGGGCUACAGCUUCAAUAACAGCCUGUCCCGAGUGUACCUGCGAGCGCCCUACCACAGCAACGAGUCUGAUGUCAGCGUGGUCAGUGGUGUAAAUAUGAACAUGAUCACUUCCACUUCCAUGUACAGGCAGCGGUGGCUGCUUUUGCUGAUUGACACAACGGUCUCCUGUCCUGUUGAUGGCAUCAGCUUCACCGAUACCACGCUAACAUGGACCGUGCCAAGAGUUAUCCCCACGCUAGUGGUCCAGGAAUCCACCUUUCUGUCUAAAAGCAUUGUAAUGGGAGUGGAUGAUCAAGUCAUAGUGAAUCCAGAGGAGAUGAACUACUUACUGGAGUACAACGAGACACACAUCAGAAUAACCAUCCCUACUGGAGCAGAAGGAGGCAAGCUAGAGAGCUCCAUAUCUGGUGGUGUCUACGGAGUCAUUUACUGCAUUGACCUGUUUCUGGAGCACACGUGGACGGAUGCAGAUUGGCAAACCACGAAGUAUACAGUCAUCAAAACCAUCACCACACCUUUCAUGCCACAAAUACCAACUGUUACCAACAACACUGUGCCAGAGGAACGGCUAUUUAAUCUUGCAUUUGGACACUUUCUUCCCGAUGUCUCUCUGGUGGCAAUCACAGUAAGAAAUGUGCCAUUUUCCCUGAGGGAAGCACAGCACCAUGGCUUCAAGAUUUAUGAAACUCCCUUUUCUAAUGGAACAAAAGCAUUUAUCCUGGAAGUCUCUUUUGAUGAUCCAUAUGUUCUGAAAGAGUAUGUGAAUAGAAAUGAAACAAAAUACACCCUCCUGGUCAACUACACCCUUAGCGUGGGUCCAGAGAUGACACUCUACUAUCAUUCAGCAGAGGUGGAGUGUGUGAUUGCUGAUAUUGGUAAGCUUUCCCCUGACAUUAACUGGUUUGCAUCAACAGCAUGGCUGUCAUUGAAUUCAGUGAGAGCAUCAGAGUGA